AUGUUGUCGACCUUGACCUUGGCGGGCGACGCCAUUCCGAAGCCCAUAAUCCUGUCUCGACGACUCGACUUCCCGUCUCGUCAGUGCGACUAUGAUCUCGAUGAAUAUAUAACCAGGCCGGACUGGCAGCCGUCACCGCUUCCGAAGGACGGCCACCUAUCUCUGCACCUGGGGGAGUGCAUCGCUGGCGGAAGAUCGGCUGUAGUUUAUGCCGCCGAGAUUUCUACCGCGUAUGAGGCUGGCACCAUCCCUCUGUCAAACCCGCAUCCUCUUGAGCAGGAGUUCUGCGUCAAGAUCGCGCGACGUAAUCGAUGUCGUACGCUCGCGCGGGAGGCAUGGGUCUGCGAACAGCUGCGCUCGCGUGGCCAACUGCAGGGUGUCAUCGCACCUCGGUUCUAUGGAUUCUUCACCGCCAGCCUGCCUGACGACCAGUCAGCGUUCCCACUUUGGGACGCCGAUGACUUCAAGCUCGAAAUCCCUGAUGACGACCCCACUUGCGACGACCCCCUGCCAGACGACGAGCCAUUGGAAGAGGAGUACGACAAUGGUCCCGGGGGUAGAGAAUGUUCACCAUGGUGCGACUGGCGGCCCGAUCCAAACUCACCGCUCUUGGCUGUCAUUGUCAUGUCACGAGGAGGAGCGACCUACACGCGUGAGGACGAUGCGGACAAAGCCAAUCAGAAAGAUAUCCGUGCAAUACUGGAUGACUUGUCGCGCAUCUACCUCUGGCACGGGGACCUUCGCCCGAACAACCUCGUGCGUGCGCCUGCGGGAACAAUGCUGUGUAAAAAGCAUAAGCGCGUGCACAAGUGGAACAUCAUCGAUUUUGCCUGGACUGGCGUUGACGACGCAGACAGUGACGUCGGCGGGAAAUCAAAGCUCAUACGCGAGUCGCAGCGAGCAUCCUAUCGCGGCUACUACUUCUGGCAUGGUUCUCUCUCAUGA